AGGCAGCGGGCUCCAUGCCUGGGGCUGUGCACCCAGGGGUGAGGCUCCCCCAGAGGCCAGUUCAGGUUCUGUAACCGCGGCCCUUGGUGCUGGUUGCUCCUUGGCUGCCUGAGAGGGGCCGCGGGGCGGAGGGGCCGUGGCGGCUCCUGCAUCCCGAGAUCUGGGGCGUCACCUCCCUGCCUCACCCCGCCCAUCCGAGCAGUGGGGGUGCCCUGCACCCCUCCAGCUCCACAGAGACCCUGCCGCCCUUCCUCUGCUGGGGUGAGCUGGGAGGAGGGUCAGACGCACCCACCCCCACGUCCGGGGACAGCCCAGGCCGGCGGCCAAACCCGGGGAGCGUGGGUGUCCUGAGGGGCAUGUCCCAGGGGCGUCCUGAGCUGGACCUGGGGGGCGGAGGAGCCCAACUAGGCCCGACUAGGACCCGCCUGCCCCUGAGUCACCCCCGCUUCAAAGGCUUGGCCCCCGUUCAGGUAUUUAACGGCGGCACCACGCCUGCCGGCCUCCACACUGGAAUCUGCUCUGCGGGGAGCAGGUGCCCCACCUGUGACCUGCUCCUCACCUGGGCAGGUGCGUCCCCAGCAGCCAGGAGCACUCCUCAAGCCCCCGAGGCCCGGCCAUGGCCGUGCAGGUGUCCCCGUGGCACCACUACCUGCAGGCCAUCCGCUCGCGGCAGACGGCCCGGGUGCAGGACUUCCAGCGAGCGGAGGACGUGCUGCUGACCGUGCUGGAGCAGGUGCACGCGCUGGACGCCCGCUUCCUCGUGGAUUACUCCCGUGACCUGGGGGCCUUCCAGUCCGCCCUGCGCACCUCGGAGGAGGCCCUGGACGUGGAGGUGCCCCUGUGGGUGGACGCCGAGGCCCUGAUCACUGAGGAGCCCACCGAGGGCCCUGCGACCUGCCGCCUGGGCGUCCCCAGGGCCGCAGCCGGCCUGGAGCGGUGGACAACUGAUGACGUCUUCAGUGCCUGCUCAGAGGGUGACACCAAGUGCCAGGGCUACAUUGUGCCCAGCAAGGUCCUGCACGUACUCAGGGACCUCCUGGUGGCGGCCACUGUCCACUGCAAGCACCACGGCCUCAUCACGCCAGGUGCGCUGAACUUGGCGAGCCUGAGGGCCGAGGAGCCCUACCUGUCCCUGCUGGUGUCCGGCGGCUGGAGGACGAUCCGCUUCAGUGUCAUCCCAGUGGUGAGGAAGCGUGGGGCACUCACCCUGCGGGGCGCCCAGUUGACAUCCGGAUUCCCCAAGGGCAGCUUGGAAAGGAUCACGGCCCAGGGGGUGGACCUGGUGCCGGCCAACGCCCAGCACUGGAGGGUCUCCACUGACCACCUGGUGGCACAGCUGCUCCACGCGCUGGGUGCCCUGCGGGGCCACCGCCUCGACAGCCUUUCCGUCCUGGACCGGGUCAAUCUCGAGCACUGGCGGGAUGGCGGCCGCAGCCCUGGGCUCACCUUCGGCCACCUGAAGAUGGUGCUGCUGUGGGCCGCGGCGCUGUUCCCGGCGCGCGAGGACUGGGCCGAGCUGCAGGGCGCGGUGGGCCGCCUGCUCGCGGUGCUGCGCUGCUGCCUGGGCGCCCGGAGCCUGCCGCACCUCCUCUUCCCCGAGCGCAACCUGCUGCGGGGCGCCGGCCUGGACCUGCCGGCUCUCUGCGGGCGCGUGGAGGCCUUCGCCCGGCAGCCCGAGGCCGGCCUGCGCGUCCACCCCACGCACCUGGGCCGCCGCCCCCCGCCACACGCCGGCCCCGGGCUCAAGGCGCUCCCGCAGCUGCCGGCCAGCGACCCCGCCCGCUGGGCCACCGCCCGCUUCGACGUCCUGCUGGACAAGUUCCAGGUCUUCAACAUCCAGGACAAGGACCGGAUCACGGCCACGCAGGGCGUCUUCCGGAAGACCAAGGCUCUGGGCAGCGAGGAGAGCUGAGGGGCUGCCCCGUCUCUGUCCCCACCCACCGGAGAAAGGGAGGGGCGGGUGGCAGGUGCUGGGUGGUGGAGGGACGUUGUCUCCAGGGACUAACUCAGACUGUUGGGGGGUCCAAGGGUGCUGGGCAGUGCAGACCCCUUGCAGUGGCUCCUGUCCUUGGGGUGGGGGUCCGGGAGGAGGGACACUGUGCUUCCUGUGACGCCGCAGAGACCCCCGGGGAUGCUGUGGGGAGACCUGAGGCCUGGGGGUGCCCGGGACGUGGCCCUGCGUGUGCGUGUGGGUCUCCCUGGGGCUGAAGCACUGCCCACUUGGUCUUUAAUAAAUCAACGUGC